AUGGCGGCGGAGCGCCCAUCUGCUCCCAGCAGGCAGCAGGCUGGGCAGAGAGCCUCUGCCCCGCUGCCGCCUGAUAGAGCGGCUGCAAAUCAACACAAUCCGUCUUCUACUCUGCCUGCCACGUCCAGCCAACACCACCUCGUCAGCGAACCUCUGAUUAUCUUCACUACCAGCUCCAGCCUGCUCACUCAAUUCAACUCUGAUUCCCCGGCUCAUCUCACCCGUGUUCCGCUGCGGAUCUCCGAACACCGGCUCCAGCCUGCUCUCUCCGACAUCCUCCGGAUCUUCAACGACGGACCUCCACUCUCCCCCCCCCGGUUCAGCCUAGAGAAGAGGAUUGACAAGGAUGCCAGGACAAAGCCUGGCAGCAGCGUGCAGGAAGUCUGGAUUGAAAUCUAUAACCCGACAGAGAAUGAUAAAGGGAAAUACACGUUGGAGAUGUUUGACGGCAAAGAGACACACAAACGAUAUCUUGACCUAUCUGGACAAAUGUUUACUGAUGCCUUGCUGGAGCACCAGAGGUUGAAGCAAGCGGCCGUGGCUGAGAAAAAUCGGGCCAAAGUGACAAAGGGUCUCCCUGAUGUGGUGGCCAUCAUGGAGGGCAAGACUUUGUGUCUCACGUGCUUCAUCGACGGUUGUCCGGACCCAGAGAUCAUCUGGCUUCGUAACGACAAGGAGAUUGUGGACCAGGCCCAGUUCACCAUCACAAAGGAGCCCAAGUGCAGCACCAUCACCAUCCACAACGUCACCAUGGCAGAUUCUGGGAAAUACAGCAUCUUUGUGCGCAACAACUUUGGCUCUGAAACGGUUGAUGUUACUGUGAGCAUUUACAAGCAUGGGGAGAAGCCUCCAGAUCACGCUGUGGAGAUGGGUUUUGAACGCAAAAAGAAGUGAGGGAUUUAGUUUGAGAUUUGCAUACAACAAACAGAUAAACAGGUGGAUGGAUAGAUAGAUUAUGGUAUGGAAUGAUGAUUGUUUUUUGUGUUUAAGGAAACUUUAUUGAGCAUUAAGGAACUUUGUUGUGGUUUUGAAAAAAUCUCCUAGUCUUCGAACUCCAAAUACCUUCUUUAUAUGAGUUUUAUGUUCGUAGCAGUUCUUUUUUCCCUGGCAAAUGUUCAAUGUAAGCUUCACUUGGUCAACGGGGGGAAAUCAAUCACCUUCAGCAUGAAGCCUACCAAUGUUAUAAUCUUUAAAACCUUAUGUGUGUGUUGUCUUGACUUUAGACUUUGAUAUCUCUGCAGUGGCAGAGUUUCACCAUCCAGCUGCAUUUGAUACAUCUUUCCCCUUUUUGCUUUUGCAAUUUGAACUGCACUGACAGACCUAAAAAAAUGCCUAACAAUGUUUAUUUAAAUCAAGAACAUAGGAUCCUGGUAACAUAAAAAUGACACUUUCUUUGUAUUAUUUAAACUGGAGACACUGUGUGCCAUAAAAAUAUAUACUUUGUGAUGGAUAUUGCAAAAUUCUGUUAGUCAAACUCAUUUGGUUGAAGUCAUGGGUGUUGGAUAUACAGAUUGUUUCUAUUUUAAAGUAACUCUGUGCAACUUUUGUAAAAAGAAAAUGCACUAUGUACCUUUAACAACUGAAAAGCUGAAUUCAUACUCAGUAAAAUGCACAAUUAAUCAUUUUGAUACACUCCGAGGAUAUCCUGCUACAGACUCACUUGGUCUGGUAUGCUCAUACAGUAGUAACUUAUGUUAGGAUGUCAGCUAACAUUAGUUAAUUUGUUAAUUAGCCACCCCUAUAUAUUGCUUUAUAACUGCUGUCAGAGAGCCAGUUUGCAGACUUUGACUUUACCUGUGCUCCUAGUACAGUACAUUUUAUAAUUCACCAGUAUUGGAAAUGUGCUUGCUUCCUAAGCACAUGUCAAAAUGAAAACUGCAACUCUCUGAAGCUAAUCAAGCUUUUGGUGAAUCAUAUGCAGGAUUUGUUUGUGUGUGUUGUGAAUAAAGCUUAUUC